GAGCUAGCAGAAUCCAAUCAGAAUUUUAUGGCUCAAAGGGUAUGACACUUCGCUGAUGGGGCUUUUGUCAUUAUCGUUGAUGGAGAUAAGUGUCAUGCCAACUCUACAAGAGCUAUGCUCUCUAGCCUCAACUUUCAUGUGAUAAUGUACUCAAGUCCUGUGAAUGCACUCAUUAUUCUGGAGAAUAAUGCACAAGACAUUGUCGUAGUCUUGGCAACAGUGGACGUGAAACAAUUGAGUGGUUUAAAGUUCCUUGAAGCUGCAAGAAUGAAACAUCAAGACCUUCAAGUGAUCAUGAUGUCAGCUGAAACCACAAGGUUGUACACAAUGAUGAGGUGUGUUAAACUCGCUGCACGUUUUCUAGUGAAGAAGCCUCCUAACGAAGACAUUGUACAUGAUCUGUGGCAGCAUAUUGCCCUGAAAGUUCUGAUGAUGGAGAAGAUCAGGGAAUUACUGCAAGGAUGCACCAUAUAUGUUAAUGGUAGCGUUUGUGUCUUACUUUCUGCAAAAUAAGGCAUGGACCAUGUCCUGAAUAUUAGGAAAUAUUAGCAUUCUGAAUGGUGAUAUUGUGCAAAAUUUGUAGAAGUAUUGAGCAUAGAAGAGCCUGCAGGCAAAAAGGAAAAACACAACAUAUAUGUUUUCUAAAAUAUGCCAUCACAAUGUUUUACAAAUUAAAAUAUCCAUAAGAAAUUGUACGGUAUGUAAUAAGUUUACUUCUGAAGUUAGAAAUUAUAAGAUUCUGAAACAAUAUGUGAAGUUCCCAUCAAUCUUUGUGAUGGUGAUAUCUAGGAGCUCCUACCUCAACUCUCUCUAGUGACUUCAAUAUUCUAGUGGUGCUCUUGAUACAACAAUACAACCAGUCCAAGUAGAAGCUCCACCUUUGCUCAGAAAAAACUUUGAUUUCAUUGGAGGUAUACAUGCAACCGAGGAUAAAUGUCGUGCUGCCUUAUAUCAUUUUGGCCUUGCCAAGUAUGCUAAUCAUUAGCCCUGGUUUCGUUUUUUUUAAACCGAUUAACCCUGGUUUCAAGCUUGGAAAGCCCUAUUGAGCUACUCCCUCCAGU